UACUUGAUAUCUUGGACAAGCCAUUGCACGUGUAUUUGGCGGAGGGAGCUAAGUUUAAAAAGGUCUUGCAGCAUGCCAAGAACAGAACUGGGAUAAGUAUUUGACUGACUCCAAUGUCAGGUCCGCUCCUUCAACUCACAGUUCCUUGUGCCUUCAUUGUAUUGUUUUUAUUUAGCUACAGAGAUUAGUAGGUAGCUUCAGAAGAGCUAGAAGUGAGCUCAUCAUCUUCAAAUUUAAUAAUCUUCGGUAUCCCAAAGAAGGUAUCCCAAAGAACUAGUAUCAGCAGACAGGUGAGAUAAGGUGUUUUGGAAGACUUCACUUACAAGAGCGACUAUUUUGAAAAAGCUUCUGAAUGUCUGUGAGGUGCUUGGACUUGUCUGGAACUAGUGCAUAGCCUUGCUAACAUUUCUGUUCCCUUCAGGCAAAUUCAUCACUGAUACGAAGAUUAGCACGUGUGCCUGCUUUUGUUAUCCUGGAAAAAAAUAAGCAGUAGGCCUAUGGGAUUGCUAGUGUCAUGAUCUGAUCCUUGUUUUAAGUGGCUGAUAAAGUCCUUUCUUUAACCUAAAUGUCUUUAAUUCUUCUGAGAUUGAGCAAUUGGCCCUGACCAGGAGAACAAUACAUAAAUUGAUACAUAAAUUAAAAAUGGUUAAGCCACGUGAUACUGGCUAGUCCUGUAUAAACCGUUCUGCUUGUUUGAAUUUAUGGGGGAAAAAGGCACAAACCUGAUUAGCUUGAACAUCAAGCUUCAUGAAGAUCCAAUAUCACUGGGUUUUAUCAGUCCAAUUUACGUUGUAUCAUCUGUUUUUUUGUAGGUAACAUAAAAGCAUGAAGUCAGAGCAAACUCUGUAUCGCGUGUUCUAAGUAACUCCGCAAAAAUGCACUUGGGGCCAUACUCUGCUCCCCAUCAGAUGGGAUCAUCCAACAAUACCAAGUGCAUACAGAUCUGCCAUUAAUGAGAGUUCCCAAGUCCCACAGAGCAGAUUCCUGGCCUCCCCGUCCCUACCUCGGCAGCGCUGGUUAGUGAUUUGGGCUCUGACAGGACUUCAGCAGCAGGUACCGCCCAGCCAAAAUCUGAGCAGGGAAGCAGCACUCUGGAGACAGAGUGUAUCUGAGAGGCUGUUCAAGCACCCUCCAGAGCAGGCCUGCCUCCUCUCCCAGUGCUUGAGUGGGAUGGUGAGUGACCUUGUUGGACAGAGCCCCUGAUUAAAAGCGUCCCCUCAAAGCUUUGCACUGCCAACGUCUAUCGUCAUUGCCUGGAAAAAAUCAGUGCAAUCAGAGCACUGCAUAGAAGACCAUGGGGAAAUUCAGAAGAAUCCUUCUCUUGUGCCUUGGCUUUCUUCUAGUCCAUGUAAGAGGUCAACGUGACUUUGAUUUAGCUGAUGCUCUCGAUCACCCGGAUGACAUAAUUACGAGGAAGCCUACAGUGAUCAGAAGACCAACACGGCCUCUGCUGAACAAUGAUUUGCAUUUAGGAGAUGCUUUUGGUGGAGGUGACAUCCCAAGACAACCUUUAUACCCACCUCUUCCACCACGACCAGGAAGCCACAGUAAUUCUGGAGGUUUUAAUGACUUAGAUCUCGUUGACGGGAAGCCCUUACCACCGCACAUAGCAGGAGAAGAAGAGCAUCAUUUCAACCACGGUGGAAACACAGAUUCAGGAUUAAUAGCUGGUGUUACCUCUCCUAUAAUUUCUGCUUUUGUGAUAUUAGUUGUUGGAUCAAUAGCUGCCUACACAGCUUACAAGAACAACAAACUUUGUUUCAAACCACGUGGUGGGGCUACAGUGUAAGCUGCAGAAAUGAAAACUGUCCGCUGAUGACAGAAUCCUUCGGUUGGCGAUGUUCAGCCCACAGAUCUGACUUUUUUUUUCUGCUUUAUAAUUCUGACAAAAAUAUCUUCCUCUGACGAGCAUUUUGUUGAGACACUGCAACACUGUUCUCUUUGACCUGAUGUUACUCUUACACCUUGAGCUUUACAUCAUCAAAGAUGUACUUAAAAUGUCCAGGAAUAGUAUUGCACUAUCUGAUGUGUAUUCAUAAAUGCUGGAUAAGUAUUUUGAUUCAGAAGUUAUUUUAAAUAACACAGAUAUCAAGUAUACGAGCUUAAAAUUUAAUUUAAAGGUUCUGGCUUUGAACAUUUGAGUCAUGAACAUUUUUUUUUUCUAAAUUAGCCAAAAUACUUAAUCUUUCUGAUAGAACAGAAAUAAGGAAAUUGCCAUUUCCAUUCAUACAUUUUGGAUUUCUUCAGCAUAUUUCUGUAUUGUCUGUAAUGUUUAAGGAAAACUUGAAGUAGUAUAAAGGAUUAAGAAUUUUAAUGCCUUUAUUUUGUAUCUUAUGUUUGAAUUCUUGCAAAGUAGAAAGAGCUAUAGAUGGAAAAUUCAUUCUUAAUUUUGAAAUACAUCAUGAAAAGAAAAGAAAAAUACAUUGAUGAAUCACUGUUUAAAAUAACAAAAAUGAUAGGAAAACAAGUUGAUUUUAUUUAUUUAUUUAUUAUUGAAAUGGUACUUAGCUCUUCUCAGGAACUAGAAUCUGCCAUAAAUUAUGUUUAUCGUUUAUCUGCCUGCUCCAGGAGCCUAUGAAGGCAAUCUGGCUUUUUGUUUUUUACUUUUUUUUUUUUUAAGAACCAUAUUAUUAAUAAUUUCUGUAAACGAACACUAUAUUCAGACGUUUUGGAAUCAUUUAGAACCAGUCUGUGUCACUUUGUCCUAUAAAAUCUAAGUCACACCAACUUUUAAAUUUCAUACAUAUCCUUUAGCAGAGAUGUGGUUGAUACUUACAAUUUCAGUAGCAAUGCUGUUUCAUCUUUUCCCCUUCGUUCCUGAUCAACCUUAUUGUGUUAACAAAUAUUCUUAUGUAGACAAAGACUAUCAACAAAAACUAACACUUUUCCAGUUUCUCUGUCUUCGUGUAGCUAACUGAAUCAAAAUACUAGCAAAUGAAUGAAAAGUAGAUGAAAAGCUGGCAAAACUAGUAGUUUACUGACAUAAUUCUACAGUACAGAUAUUUUAGCUAACUUAAAAGCAUAGAGGAAAUCCAUGUGUUUUGUCUUCAUCUUAUACAUGAAGGAUACUUUUUCUUACUAAAAUUGCAUGUAGAUUGCAUAAACAUGAUUUUGUGUUUGUUAAAUUGUUGAGAGAAAGAUGUCAUCUGAAAAAGUACGCUUUUUGUAAAAUAAAAUACUAUUUUAUCUACAUUAUACUUGAAAUUGUUAUGUUGCUGAAGAGGUUACCAAAAUCUUUAUUUUGAUCCUAAAAGUAAGAAAUUAUAAUGUACAUCAGUUUAAAUACAGAAACACCUUGACAACACAUGAAGGAAUGAGUAAUUCUGUGGCUAUCAUUUUCAACUUAUGAAUGGUAACAUAUUUUAAUAUGGUUUUCAAGUACACAUGCUAUUUCUUUAAAAAUACAAAUUUUCCACGUUAAUAUUUAUUAAAAAAAUGAUAUAUGUUUUUCCAGGUAGACAUAAAGUUUUGAUUAA